AUGCGACAGUCUCCCUACUGUCACUUACGACCUCAGAGAAACAUCGUCCUCAGGCCUGUCUUGGAGAGCGACCAACCGUUUGACAAACGAGCUGUUAUAGACGGGGAUUGCUCAAAAGUUGAUACGGCAGUCGCCAGCAACACCAAUUUCUCCUAUUCGGCUUUCACUACACACACAGAUAUCACCAACUCCCAAGAAGUAACAUUUAAAACAUUAUAUCCUUACCGACGGCGGUUCUUCAUACAAAACCCCUUUAGUUAA